AUGUCUACCUCUAAACCAAAACCUCCCAAUUUACAGAGACUCAAGGGCAGCUAUAUAUUACCAGAUACUUUACGAAACGACGCACAGCUGAACAGUAGCAUAUUGAGAAACGCAGCAAAAGAUUGGGGAAACCUUGAAGAGAUCAUUGAUAGCUAUUUAUGCAAUUCGGUGGUUUGGGAGAAAACUGGCGUCGAGUUCCUCUCAUUACUUCAAUCAUCAUUUAACCAAAUAGUGCAAUGGGUUAAGCAACAGUCAUCAUCAGCAUUCUUAUCUCUUCUUGCAGAAUACGUGAAAAGCUUAGUCAUUUAUUACAAAAAUGACAAGAUCAAAUACGAUGUCUGCCAAUUGUAUCAACAAGCUGAAUUACGACGACGCGUGGAACGAAACAGCGCAGAGGCUGAACUACAAGCAGAGUCCACAAUGUCUGUGCUGAUGACACGAAAAGGCAAGGAGAGAGAAGACUCAAUGAUACUUCAUAAAAGGCAAUUGGUGGAAGACCCUUUUAAUAGCAGACCUUUGACAGAUGAGGAGCAAAUGUUAACUUCAGACUCGCAUGAAUCAUCAUUCAAAUUACAAAAAAAUGGCGUGGGCUAUGAUAUUCACACGCCAACAAGGAAGUACUUUCUCUCGCCCCAAAAGCCAGUCAUUCAGAGCCACGACAGAGCUGCCUGCACACAGUACUUUGAUUUACGGUUAAGCACAGACGUACAGCCAAAUUGCAGCGCUUCUCUACAGACUGAAUUCGACUCGCACAUGGAAGAUUUACGACUGAAUAAGUCAUUGGUGACAGUAUUGGGCGACGACUAUCUGGAUUUCAUGAAGAAACUCUUCAGUGUGGACAUGAGCGAUUUCGCAAGGGAAAUAUUCAGCAUAAAGCCUACGUCAAGCAACGACUGUAUGAAGUUUAUGCAGCAAUCAUACAACGAUCUUUGUGUUAAUUUCAACGAUCCACCCAACUAUUCUCGAAGUGGGGAACGAACACUCUUUGUGGAGACCUUUGUGCAACAGUUCAAACUCUUUUCAAGAAUGACGAGAUUGUUAUACUUCAAGUGGGCCGAGAAGAAGCUGCAGAGCAGUGAUCAUUGCUGGCUAUUGAAAAAAGAUUUUCAAAAGAAAGAUGUUCAAUUGAAGCUCUUGGACGGCGUUGGGAUAAUGAAAAAGAACGAUGUCAACUUCAUCAUGUUGGAAUCAUCAGGCGUCGGGGAUGACAUACUUGCACACACGUUGGAGGACACUCUUAAAAACCUCAAGCACGGGUCUGACUCUUUAGCAAGCAUUCUGUGCGAUUACAAGGACUGUAGUAUCAAGACAGCCAAGAAAAUUGUAGUUCUGACUGGGCACAUCAUCCAAAAUAAGAUGACAAUCCUCAAGUACUCGCCGGGACCCUCUGGCAAAUGGUCAGUUGUCGAGACAAGAUCAUGCACUAUCCCUUUGAAGUACGAAAACCGAAUGGACAGCAUUAAGCUGUAUGAGACGUUUGCUUAUAUCUAUUUGACAUUGAAGGAACAAGAAGAAGUAUAUGAAAAGCUGUCAGAAGAGAAGCUUGGUUUGAUUCCUGUUGCUGAGGAAGACAUGGUGCGCAACAGUUUGUAUUUUUUAUAA